AUGGAUAACUCUAGGAUAUCAGAUUAUGACUACAAUCUUAUGUGCACUGAAAACAGAGAGUUCCUCUACGAAAAUGAGGGUAUACCAGGAAUUAAUCCAGACUUUGUUUACCUAAAAAGUCAAACAGAAGUGUCAAAGAUGGCGAAUUCGAAAUUUGGUGAAACAAGAAUCGUUCCUAACCAGCAGACGCCUACGAAAAAGCGUAAGCGAAAUUCCGUCAAAGAUAAGCAAAGAACCGAGGCCGAACAGAUUGCGUACAAGAAACUGAAAGAAUUAAUUCCGUCUUUACGAGGAAACAAGCGAAUCACGAAGCUGCAGACCAUACGAGAGGCAUGCUUGUACAUCGAAAAUUUGCGGAAAACUCUUACGGGAAUUCGCAAAGGGUAA